GGCGAGACAAACACGCUCACGAAAUCUUAGAAAGAAAACAUCCCCCUUGGCAGCGAGAGCGCGGGAAGUGGAGCGCGCGAGUUCCGGGUUUCCCGCCCGCCCCGCCGGCCGCAGCCCGGGUGAGCCCCCGACCCCUGCUCGGCAGCUGCCUGCCGGGCCACGCCGUCUGUCCGUCGGUCUGUCCGCCUCCCCCCACCACCCCGUCCCCGUCCCGGUCCUUCGCUGGGCGCCGCGCGGGCUCUGCGGCCGGAGAGGGGCCGGGGCCCGCCUGCCGCCGAGCUCCGCGUCCCGGCCGCCGCCACUUGUGGAGCUCGUCCCUUGGCUCUGUAACUUUAAACCAGCCCCAGCGAGGCCUAUUUUGAUUCAGAAACCGGCGACCAGAGUGUCUGGGGAAGGCUCCGAUGGAGGGGCAGCCCGCCACUUGGAGAGUUUGCAGCAAUUGACGAGGAAGGGACGUCUUGUCCUGCUAGCCUUGCUUUGAGAUUUCAAAGUUCGGCUGCAACUUCCAGGGAGGGCCUGAUUGGUUGCUGGGGGGGCUUUUAGAGCUGUACCUGAACCCUGUAGCUCGCUCUGCCUCUAAGCUGUGAUCCUGGGGCCACCGCGUGUAAGCCCGGCCCCACCUGUGACCUGGCCACCCUCCUACAGCAACUGCUCCAAGAACUUCUAGGGACACUCGCGGUGGGGAGCAGCAAGGAGAUGAAUGUAGCAGCCAAGUACCGCCAGGCCUCCCUGUAUGUGGGGGACCUCCAUGCAGAUGUCACCGAGGACCUGCUGUUCAAGAAAUUCAGCACUGUGGGGCCCGUGCUGUCCAUCCGCAUCUGCAGGGACCUGGUCACCCGCCGCUCUCUGGGCUAUGCCUAUGUGAACUUCCUGCAGCUGGCUGAUGCCCAGAAGGCCCUGGACACAAUGAACUUUGACACGAUCAAAGGCAAAUCCAUCCGCCUCAUGUGGUCUCAACGUGACGCCUACUUAAGGAAAUCUGGGAUUGGGAACGUGUUCAUCAAGAAUCUGGACAAAUCCAUUGAUAACAAAACCCUUUAUGAACAUUUUUCGGCCUUUGGGAAGAUCCUGUCCUCCAAGGUGAUGAGCGAUGACCAAGGCUCCAGGGGCUAUGCGUUUGUGCACUUUCAGAACCAGAUGGCCGCAGACAGGGCCAUCGAGGAGAUGAACGGGGCGCUGCUUAAGGACUGCAGGCUGUUUGUUGGCAGAUUCAAAAACCGCCAAGAUCGGGAAGCCGAGCUCCAAAACAAAGCCAAUGAAUUCACCAAUAUUUACAUCAAAAACUUUGGAGAUGACAUGGAUGAUAAGAGACUGGAGGAAGUUUUCAGUAAAUAUGGCAAAACUGUGAGUGUUAAGGUGAUGACAGACUCCACUGGGAAAUCCAAAGGCUUUGGCUUUGUGAGUUUUUAUAGCCACGAGGCUGCCCAAAAGGCCGUGGAAGAAAUGAAUGGAAAGGAUAUAAACGGACAGCUGCUCUUUGUAGGCCGGGCACAAAAGAAAGCAGAGCGACAGGCUGAAUUAAAGCAAAUGUUUGAGCAGCAGAAACAGGAAAGAUUUCGGCGGUGCCAGGGGGUGAAGCUCUACAUUAAGAACCUCGAUGACACCAUUGAUGAUGAAAAACUACGGAGGGAGUUUUCUUCCUUUGGAUCAAUUAGCAGAGUCAAGGUGAUGAAGGAAGAAGGGCGAAGCAAAGGCUUUGGCUUGAUCUGCUUCUCUUCUCCUGAACAGGCCACCAGAGCAAUGACUGAGAUGAAUGGCCGCAUCUUGGGCUCCAAGCCACUCAACAUCGCCCUGGCGCAGAGGCCCUAGGGAAAACUUCCUGCGCCAGACCGUGUUUGCAGCAGGUGGGGGCAUGUUAGUGAUCUCUGCCUGAACUGUCCUCAGUGAAUUUCAAACCCCCGCUGACGGCUGCCUAGUUCAGGAAACUUUGUGAUAAAAGGUUUUGUACGCAAAGCUGUUUUUUUUUCUUUUUUGGAAAAAUAAGUGAAUCUUAGAAGUUUGAUUCAUUUUACAGAGGCACACCUUCUAAUUGCAAUAUUGCAUAUUUUUGUGAUUUAGAUGUAGUAUUCAUAGCAAUAAGCAUAAUUAGAUAUAUUUAUAUUACAUUUUGAACCAACUGAAGUGAGGUAAUUAUUUGAGUUUAUUGCAUAUUUUCUUUCUUAUCUUAAUAGUAUUGCCAGCUUUAAUUUCUUUUAUGAAAAUCUGCUCAAAAUAGUUCUCAUUCCUAAGGAUUGCAAAGUAAUUUAUUUUUAUGAACAGAAAUUUUCUAAUUUCGCAUCUAAGUUUUUUUAAAAGAAACCAAAAGUUUAAGAAUUGCUAGUACAAAUUCAAUAUCUAAUUUCAUUUCGAGUUAAUGUUUAAAGUACUGGGAAAUAGUUGAAUUUCUUUUAAAUUUAUAUCCUGACAUGGUUGUUUUUCUGAUGGCUGAAAUUAAUCAUGGAGAUUUUUCGUGUUGCCUACAGACCUGCUUUAUGGGCUAUUUUGCUAUACUUUCCAUUGGUUGACUAUAAUUCAGGUGCUUACUGGUUAUCAAAAAUGUGACUUGAAUAAUAAAACCUUAACUUUUACAUUCCUUAAGUUAUAAACCUGUGUCAUUCAGGAGACAAAAAGUUGCCCUGGUCUUAAUUCUCUUCAUAACUAUACAGCUUAAUUUUAUGCCUUAAGUUUUUACCAGAUACCAAUAUUAUAAAAGUCAUAUAUGUAGAACAUAGAAAUUCUGUUUAACUGUGUUUUUUAAUCUCUGUUUUAUAUUGUUCCAUGUAGUGAUUUUGUCUCAGGGUUCAGGAAAGUAAAAGUUUCAUUAUUUUUGAGAACUUAUAUCUCCUUUUAUUAGACUGUGAGAACUAUGUAACCCAUUAAGUUCACUGAUUGAUUUUCUGAUAAAUUGUCAUAUAGCAUGAUUUUUAUUUUAGUCCCAUUCCAAGAUCUGUCCUCCUCUUCUGCCUUUCAGCUGUGUUACUCGGCUCCUUUUUAUGCUUUUUAAAAAGAGUUUUAUUAUAUUGACUUUUACUAUGUGCUGUUUGAAGUCUACUUUGGAAAUAGAGGCGAAUUAUUUAUUUACACUUAAAUAAUAACUUCUAAAAUUCUGAUUCACUCAUACCAAAGAUGUCUGGAAAAUAGUUUUGUUGUUGUUGUUGCUAUUUUAUUUUUUACUCUGCUUGUUUCUUGUAACCAUAUAUUCACAUCUUCUGUCUCAUGUUUUACCAGUUCAAAAGAAGUAUUAAAAUAUUUUUCUUUGGCAGUAGUUUAGCUAUGAAAGAAUGAGGAAAUCUGUAUUUAUUUUUGUAUAAACUAUAUGUUUAUUCAUUGCACAUUUUCUAAAUUAAAAGUCUUUUGACAAUGAAAAAAAUUACGGAUAAUGAAAACAAUUACAGCAACAUAUAAUCCUAUUAUGCAGACAGAUUUGUUAAAAUUUGUUGCAUAUCCUCGCAAUUUUUUUCUAUACAUAUAUACAUAAUUUUUUAAAAAUGGAAUCAUAUUAUAAAUCUUGUUUGAAAUUGUUUUCUUAAUUUGACAAUGUGCCAGAAUCAACUUCCAUGUCCACAAAUAAUUAUUUGCAUUAUAGUUUUAAUGACUUUUAUCUUUUGUUUAGUGUUUGUACCUUAAUAUGACACAUUUCCUCUUGAUAAACAUGUAUGUUACUAGAUUGUUUCCUCCUUCUUUUUUCCUCUGUCAUAAACAACUUAGAGAGAUAAACAUCCUUGCAAACUCAUGUUUGCUGGUAUAUCCAGUUAUUUUCUUAAGAAAAUGCAUACCUCAUGGGAAUUAAUGUUUAAAAGGACAACAAUUUAAAAAGAAUUUUAAUAAACAUUGACCAAAUACUUUCCAGAAAACCUGUGCCACUUCCAUUUCCAUUAUCAGGGUGGAGGACUGACCAUUUCAGUAUACUCCAAGAACAAGGGAUUUUGUUUAAGUUGUUGGCCAAUUUAACAUAGUAUGUAAAAUAAAAUAUUUCAUGGUUCCUUUAUUUUACUUUUGUCUGUUUAAUAUGAAAGUUAAAUAGUAUUUCUUGUAUUUAUUGGCCAUGUAUAUUUUCAUAUUUGUGAGGUAGUGUUUCAUGAUCUUAGCCUGUUUUCUUUUGGGGGUGUUGUUUAUUUAUGUGGACUUGUUAAAUUUGUUUACAUAUUAAGGAUAAAAUUUUAGACUUUUUUCCUUGAUAUUCUCAUUUCAUUUAUAGUUUUGAGAAUCAUUCCAAAGUUAAAUUUUUGAACUGAAAAUGUUCAAUCUUUUAUUUAGAUGAUUUUGAUGUUAUGUUUUGAAACACUUUGAACACCUCAAAUAUAUAUACUCCCCCCAUACACAAUUCAUCUGUAUUGCCUUCUAUUACUUUCAAAGAUUCAUAUUCUCAAUACUUUCUAAACAAAACUUUUGUGUAUAGAGUAUUUUAUCCACAGCCUGUAGUAAAUCUUUUAAAAGUGUCUUGCUUUUCAAUCUUUAGUAAUAUGUUUUGGUAAAUACUGAUCUACUGUAAGAAUCCAUGUGAAACUCAUAUGCCAACUUUAAUUUAUUGGCUCUCUGAAUCUUUGUAGUGAGAAGUAUUUACCUCAAAAGCAGAGAGUUUUAAAGAAAGGGAGGGUACCAGGCCAACAGGACUGGCAAGUAUAGAUGUGUCAAACCUUGACAUCUCUUUCUGGAUAAUCCAGUCUAUCAAAAUGUUCAAAUAUUUGAAUAAUCUUUCAUUAUGCUUGUAAAUGGAUUAUCAAGAUGACGUCAAGAAACUGAGUUCUCCUCUAUUAUGUGCACAAGGAAUUAAUAGGACAUGAUAUCAGAUGUCAAGAUAAAUUGUAGCUAUAGCUUCAUGACACAAUAACCUCCCAUUUCAGUAGAAAUUGCUUGUUAAUGUUUACCGUAAGAAAUGACUAAGUCAGUUUAUAAAAAUGUAUGGUUCUGUGGAUUUUCUUGUUUAAUUUACUUAAAUUUUGCUCAUUCCAAAUUUUUUGUGUGUGAUAAUAUCAGGUCAUCCUACUUGGCAGUGUAGGUUCAUUCUUUCAAGAAAAUUUAAUCGUUUAUGCCUAAGUGCCUUGAUAAAUACAAAGAAUCUUCACUUUUCUGAUAAGGAUUCCAGUAAAAGCCAAUUUACAUAGAGAUGCCUUGAGCCACUGCUUCUGCUCUCGCUUUCCCUCCCCACGCAUAUUGCCAGGUUUGUUGCAUAGAUGCCUACUUGCCUGUACAGCCAAUUCAAUAAAUAUGUGCCUUUCAACAUUUUAUUUUUAAAUUUUUAAUGGAAAUUUAUA